CGAGGUUCCUCCCACUAAAGGGCCGAACAGAAAAUGCCAGCCAAGGACUGCCUGUCGGAGCAUGACGCACUCGUAGAGCUCUGCUCGCAGUUCAACGAUGUCGAUGAGGCCACUUGCCUCCGCUUCCUUCGCGCGCGCAAGGGCUCGACAAAGGACGCGGCCGCGAUGCUGCGCAAGCACCUGACGUGGGUCAGCGAAUAUGGCCCCAACGCCAUCACGCAGGACAGCUGCGUCCGCGCCGUGCAGCAGGGCUGCUGGCGGGCGUUCGGCUCGCAGGCGAAUACCGACGACGGCGAGUCGAUCGGCCUGCUCUGGGUACAGCUCUCCCUGUGGCGGCCUUCCGAGUACGACGCGGCAGAAUACACGCGAAUGGUCGUCUACUUUUCCGAGCGGCUGCCACGGCUCGGGCCAACGCACGUCGUGCUCUUUGACAUGUCGGGCUGGAAGCUCUCCCACGGGACGCACGUCCGCAAGCUCAAGGCGCUGAUCAGCACGGUGCAAGACCACUAUCCGGAGAGGUUGCGUGCGGCGCUGCUGAUCCGCGCGCCGGCGAUCUUCGAGCUGACGUGGAAGAUGAUCAAGCCGUGGAUCGACCCCGUCACCGCGGCAAAAGUGCACUUCCUCCCGGGCGGCGCCAAGGAGGCGGCGGCGCUCGCGGCCUUCAUCGAGCCUUCCAAGCUGCCAAACUGCUAUCCCGGCGGCGAGUGCGCGGCCGACGCCGUGCCGGGACUGCCCGACGAGCCGACCGUCGCGCUCCAGUAGCGGCAUCGUCCGCUCUGGUAGCCUUCGCAGCCCAACCCGCUGAAGCGGCUCGCUCUCGCAACGCUCUGUGGGCACCGCGGCCAGAGGUCGUUACGCACAGCUGAGCGUUUCGCGAGAGGAAAGCUGCCCUGGUGGGCACGGCGACGACGGCAGGGCUAAUUUGCAACACCUGUGCAUGCACAUGUGCAUGGGCAUGUGCAUGUGCAUGUUGGCGGGGGGGGGGGGGGGCAGUGGAGUACGUCGUACGUUGUGCAGUAGAUCGCGGGUGGAUGUCAAGUGUCGUCUCUGUCAAGUGAGCUGAGUUAGGCGGUGGGCCGGUGCCGGUACGACCAUCCUGUAGAUGUAGGAGUGUGGACCACUGUGGCAGUUGUCUGCUCUCUGCGAUGGCCGUGUGAACCUCUCAGAGACCAGCGCACAGCGCCAUACGCCAUACCGCUAUACCGCUAUACGACGUA